UUUAAGGGAAGAAAAGAAAUGCUCAAAAGAAAACUCAGCGCACUUGGUUAUCAUCAUCCAGACGCUUUCAACAUUAACAACGAAAUAGAGGUGCGAAAUUUUGUCGUAUGGUUAGAAGAUAAAAAGAUUAGACUUUACAAAAUAGAAGAAAGGGAUGCCCUCCGUGACGUCGAAAGUAGUUGUUGGGUUGAAGCAUUAAAAAAAUAUUUAGCUGACCUGAAUUGUCCCGUCGAAAAUAUUAGUAACAAGUUAUCUGUUAUGAACUGGUUGAUUAGUCAUGCCGUACAAGUAGAGUAUGAAGAAAAUGUCACAAUGUACAAAUGCUACAGAGACAUACAAAAGCGAACAGUUAGAAAUAAGCACUUUUUUGAGUCAUUAAAUAGCGACGAUUCCGAAUUGAAAGCUGGAGUGGAAUCUUUACGUCAGUUGUUCCAGAUUCCAGAGUGCAAAAAUACUUUAGUAGUCCUGCAGGCGAUUACAAAGCUGAUACAAAUGCGGUUAACUGCUGAAGCAAUAGAUCGUCACGUUAAAGAAAGGCCGGAAAAAAACAUUGCUUAUCUUUCUUUGGAAAACAGCACACUUGGUUUUGACACCAAAGACCCUUCUGUAAACGAUGCAGCCAAGAUUAUUCGACUGCUACAAAUACAUAAUUUACGAAAAUUACAAACAAGGAUCAACCAAGCAAUUGUUGCUGUCCAAAAGUUAAGUGCUAACCCAAAAACCGAUCAGUCUUUGGGAAAAGUCGGAAGAUAACAUUUUGAAGAAGUUUCUAUCGGUUAUAAUUUAUUUUGCUAUCUAUCAAAA